AUGCCCAUUCAUCAUUUAGAUCAAUUUUCAGUAAUGUAUUCACAUCUUUUAAUGAUUCCUUAUAUCUUUCCAUUAAAUAAUAGAUCUCUCCUCGCAUCUACUGAAACCGAAAGUCAAUUUAAUUUACAAAGUGUGUACUUUCAGUACCUACUGAAACCGAAAGCUAAUUUAGUUUACUGA